AUCGAUCGAGCUCAUUAAUUAUUCAGCUCCUCGUCAGUUUGUGAGGGGUUCCGGACCCGGAAGUCAGAUGUUGCUGUUGAGUCACCCCUGACUGGUAACAGCCAGAUAGCGGAAAACAACUAGAGAUGAUGCUGGAGAGCUCGGCAUCUUUGAACCGAACCAGAGAGUGAAUAAAUGCGGGUUUCAAUUAGGAUAUCGCCUUGAGCAUUUGUGCUUCACUUUACAAGACUGACGUUUUAUCAAAAUGAUGGAAGAAAUUGACCGAUUUCAAGUGCCACCAGUGAAUCCAGAGAUGAAGCUGCUGGAUCCUGCAGCAACGUCCAGUUUAGAGGCCGAAACAGGAACGAGAGAACCAGAGUCAGUCGCUAUCAACUACAAGCCCUCUCCGCUGCAAGUGAAGAUAGAGAAACAACGAGAACUCGCGAGGAAAGGCUCGGUGAAGAAUGGACCUGUGGGUAGUCCAGUCAGUCAGCAACCCAAGAAAAAUAAUGUUAUGGCCAGAACAAGGUUGGUUGUACCUAAUAAAGGCUAUUCCUCCUUAGACCAGAGUCCAGAUGAGAAGCCGCUUGUAGCACUGGACACUGACAGUGACGACGACUUUGAUAUGUCCAGAUACUCAUCGUCUGGAUAUUCCUCAGCCGAGGUGAGAUGUCUGAGGGACCAGCAAAUAAACCAAGACUUAAACAUCCAGCUCCUGAAGGAUGGCUACCGACUGGACGAAAUCCCAGAUGAUGAAGACCUGGACCUCAUCCCCCCCAAAUCAGUCAACCCUACCUGCAUGUGCUGCCAAGCCACUUCCUCCACAGCCUGUCAAAUUCAGUAACCCCACCCUCCCUUGAACCCCUUCUGUCCCAACCCUGUGACUUAAGCUCACAGUUAGUAUCCUCAGCAUAGAUUAACUGCUAAAGAAGUUAAAAACGAUAGAAUGGGUGUAUUAAAAUGAGUAUAAAAUAGGGAAAAAAUAUGCACAAGAAGUAUGUAACUGUCAUUGGUUCCUCCUAUGGUAGGACGGGAGUCUUUGCAUCAUCACCAGAGGGCGCUAGAGUUAGGUUUGGAUAGCUGUAAGAUGCGUUGAAGUGUAUAGAAAUGCAUGGUACUACAUUAAAAUGAUACAGCUGCUUAAGUAUCUUUUAAAACAGAACACAAAUGAACAGUUCACACUACAGAUUUCUCAGUACCCUUCUAUGGAACAGUGUUCCCCCCCAAAAAAAUUUGUCUUAAAUGGGUCAUGACAGGGUUUUUUUAAUCAUUUUUAAUAUGUUCCUUGAGGUUCACUUAUAAAGUUUUUUUGCACUAUAUAUAUGUAUGAUAUAAUAUAUAUAUACUAUUUGCCGACGUCUUGGUCUGGAGGCAGGCAUGUGCAAUGUAUUUGCCUGUGUGACGUCACAAGUCCACCAAUAUCCAAACGAAUUUAUGAUGAGGAGGACAUUUUAAGCUCAUUUUAAUGGUACAAAGACCUCUUAUAUGUCAAAAGAUCAAGGCAAAUUUGAUUUCUCAUGUCAUGACCCCUUUAAAUACCCCACACUCCAUCAGGUAGGGCCUCUUUACAGCAAACCAGAAAUGUGUUCCAUUUUAACUUAUACUUAUUUAAAAAUUUAUAUUAAUUUAAAUAAUAAUAAUAAUUAGAAAAUUAUUUUGAUCUUUUGUCAGACCUCAUAAUUUUAUAAUUUAUUUUAAAUCGUAAUUUUUGUUCUAUAUGUUUAACCAAGCAAAAUCAACAUGUUUUCAAGAACCCUUUUGGAUACAUUUUUGGGUAUCUCUGCUCUAAAAUAUCUGCCUUUUGUUAAGUUGAUGCUUUCUGAUGUUAUCAAGGACAGAUGUGCUUGUUUUCUAAUGAAAGGGAGUGUAUAGUGACCAGGUGAAUUUCUUUCUUAGUUAAUUUACGUUUCAAACUUAUGUAUUAAUAUAUUAUCAGUAGCUUUGUAGCAAACACUAAAAAGGGAAUACUCUUAGGGUGUGUUCACACUUGGCAGGUUUGGUUCAGUUAAAACAAAAUCUGGUGUGAUUGUUCUGUUAGUGCGGUUCAUUUGAAUUUGAGUAAGUCUGAACUGCCAUUCAAACAAUUGGACCGAGACCCCCUGAAAAGUGAACUUCCAAACGAACUCUGGUGUGGUUCGACUUAAAUAUGAACGCAACACGGACCAUAGGCAUCCAAACAAUCCAAAAUCAGGACGUGAUGCCAUAGGAUGCAACCCUAACAAGGACAGAAUGCUCAAGCACACCUGGUUUUUCUAGUCAUAUUCAUGAUGAUGCCUACAUUACAUUUCGGUACAGGCAUCAUAACCGCUCUUUCUUGCAGCGGAUCUUAGUUUGUGUUUGUCACAAAGAAAUUACUGCUGAUUUGACUCCUUUAUACAUUUUCUAAGCUUUUCAUGAGUUCUCAACUGGUAAUAAUACCAUUGUAUGUAUGUACGCACAUAUAAUGAGCGCACUUAGCACAGCACACAGCAUUGUUUUGGAUUUUCGUCAAGUUCCGUCACAAAAUAUGUCAUAAAAGCCGUUUUUUUUUUUAAGUUUCUUUUUUUCUUUAGGUUUGGUCUUAAAGGUGCCAUCGAAUGUUUUUUUUACAGAUGUAAUAUAAGUCUAAGGUGUCCCCUGAAUGUGUCUGUGACGUUUCAGCUCAA